GCGCAGGAAGUUCAUGCUCCUCUCCAGCUCGGAGGAGAGGGUUCUAGUGAGUAGAGCAGGAGGUUGCUGUGAUCUGGCGUCUGUUGUGCAACUGGCUGUAUCUCAUCCCUUCCCUUUUUCUUUGCUUUGCUUUUUCUCCUGUUAGGUGUUGGAAGUGGUAAGAUCUUACUCCUAGUUCCCUGCUAAAAACUGGGCUUCUGGUGAGGGGAUGCUCUGGGAGAGUGGAGGCAGAGUGAGGAGAUGAGCAUUCGCUGACAUCUGCUCUGCUCCCAUGGGAGGCUGGUGGCUGCAGAGCCGUACUGACAGGCCACUCCACUCCACCUCCUGCCCUUGGAGUGGGAGAAGCGGCGCCACUGGUUGCUGCUGGCCUCUUGUACCCCCUGGCUGGAGAUCCUGUUUCAAAUGUUAUGCCUACUUGUACCCUUUGCAUACAGUUGCGGUAUUUGCGGCUGGGACAUUCAAAGUCCGUGUUUGCUUUGUGAUCUCCAUAAUUCAAGUGGUAAAACCAGCUUGGCAUGUUUCAGCUGUGUCACUCCCCAAGUUUCCAUAACACUCAAUCUGGAGCUGAAUCAUUGCAUCAUUAGAGAAGUGGGGCUGGAAGGGACCUCGGGAGCAAAUUUGACUGGUGGUGUCUGGAGUGGGUGCGGGAAAUGUGGGUUACUGUGUGAUCUUUGGGUUCCUGCAACAAUGGUGGCGAGGGAAGACUGCCUCUCUUUGCAUCCCUGCAACACCUAGAAUCAGAAAAGUAGAGCUAGAAAGGACCUCGGGAGGUCACCUAGUCCAACCCCCUGCUCAAGGUAGGAUCAUCCUUGUCUAAACCGUCCUGGACAUGUCUGUCGCAACUAUUUCUUAAAACUGAAUGAACAAACCACUCACACGACACAAAUGCUGGAAAUUUCAAAACCACUCUUAACUUGCCCAAGGUGAAGCAGGGGGACUGCAGGGACAGGAUACUGACAGUGCAAGGAUAAGUAGUUAAAUAUGUUCACCCUUCACACCAUGCUGGGGCAGUAGGGCCAGCCCUGAUUGAGGGGAAAGGACCACCUGUGGGCUCUGUCUUCACCACAGCAUACACUAGGGUGGUUAUUUAUAGUGUCCAGAUUGGAGAUUAAUUCACUUGCCCCCCAAGUCAGCCAGUGCUAACAGCUUGGGGCCAUAUCACCAGCCUAGGGAAAGGCUUAGGGUGCAUGCAGUGCCAGUGCACUGUUCUGGGGCCCUUAUUGAGGGCAGAGCAUUCCCUAUGGAUCCCCUGCCUCAUUCCUGGCACCCCUUGCCCCCAGGCUGCAGCACUGGGGUCAGCACUGAUUGUGGGGGAGAGAGACUCCCUCCCCUCAGCACUUGCGGCAGAUGUAUAGGUAACUAGAGAAGUAGUGGGCCAGUUCCUGCUGGCACGGGUUGUAAAUUGCUCCAUUGAGAAUAAAUAGAGCAUGAAAUGUAGGGAUACAUUUUAAGGAAUAAGGUAGUUCCCAUGUGCUUGAUGCAGAUUAAAAUCGAAGUACUAGAGCCAUUCACCUGAAAAGGGCACCAGCUUCAAUUCAGCCCCAGGGCAAGGAGGGAGUCUCCAAGUCCCCAUCCUGACUAGGGUGGUGGGUCGUGGGGCAGGAUGCUUUUUCCUUCUGGAGAGGUAGACUGGCUCUGCGGCCCCAGGCUGCUGGCACUGGAGUGAGGCUGGGGAAUGGGGCUCCAAUUUGCACCCUAUCAGUAACUCGAUCUCCCAUCUUGCAGCCCUGAUGAGGCCUGAGUCCUGUGGUCCCAUGACCGCUGGCACCAAGCACCACCCAGUGAGCAAAGAGUCCAGUGGAUGGGUCUGAAAGGCUGAGUUGGCUUCUUCCCACAUCGGGGAUCCUCCUGGACUACAGCAGGGCCAUGGGCCCCUGGGGCUGUAUGUAUGCAAGCUGUAUCCCUGGUUCGGAUCCACCAAACAGCUGAGCCAGCACUAUUUGCCUUGCCUUGAUCUUGAGAAAAGGGCCUCUUGAGCGGUGUUUACCAGUACAGUAUUUAAUGACAAUGUACUUGAAGGGAAGUGGAAUGGGGAAAGGAGGCAGAGGGCGGGAUGCAGGGAGGGCGUUGGGAGUUUCAGCAAGGUGAUUUGCUCCUAUUGCUUCAGGGUUGGGAGACAAGCGAGCAGGUAACGAUCAGCAUCAGGCAGGGAUUGGAGCAAGAGAGAAAAUAAGGAAAAGGAACGAGAGGCAGGGAGGUAGAGGGAUCAAAGUGGGGCAAGAGGAGAAGAGAGAAGGGGGGUGGUAAUAGUUGGAGUAACAGCAGAGAAACUAAUGGGAAGGGGAGGAAGUGUGGCCAGAAGGAUGCUGCACCACUGCCUCACUUGCUGGGGACAGUGAGCAUGAGGUUAGGCACGAGGACAGUGGAGGUUUGCACUUCCAACACCGUUCUGCUGCUUGGGUGGGAGCGGGCUUGGCUGCUUCGCUGUAGAGGUCUCUUCAGUGCAGUAGGGGCAUUUCUGUCUGUUCUUAGCUAAGAUCACCGUCAAGGUUGCCCUUGGCUGACUUGAGCUGAGGAUUGUUACAACCCAGGGGCAUCUGGCCCUGCACUGUCCCCUAAAGCGAUGGAGCUGCUCCUGGCUGUGAAGAUCGGCUGCCUGGUGGGGCUGCUUCUCCUCACGCUGUUCUGCGGCCUCGUCCCGGCUCAGGUGAAAUGGUUCCAGAUCCACGCAGCCACAGGAAGACACCGACGCAUCCUGAACUUCAUUGGCUGCUUUGCAGCUGGGGUCUUCCUGGGUGCCUGCCUCAUGCACAUGGUAGCUGAUGCACUGGAGGAUAUCAAGGAGGAGCUGGAGAAGAGGAUGCAGCAGGUUAGUCCUAGCCAGAACAUCACAGGGAGCGCAAACAGUUCAUCUGGGGCUGAUGAUGGCAAAGCUGAGCUGGAUUACCCUUUUGGGGAGCUCGUCAUCUCCUGUGGCUUCUUCCUGGUCUUCCUGAUCGAGAGCCUGGUGGUUCACUGCUGCCCUUCAGCCACUCAUUCCCAUGGAGCUGCAGCAUCCGACAAAGACCCCAAGGACAGCGCCCUAUCGCCCAGCUCCUUCCGGGCCCUGGUGCUCUUCGUCUCGCUCUCCUUCCACUCUGUUUUUGAGGGGCUGGCUGUUGGGGUGCAGCGGGACAAAACAGAAGUGCUGCAGCUCUGUGGAGCUGUUCUGGUCCACAAGGCCAUCGUGGUCUUCAGCCUGGCCCUCAAGCUAGUGCAGAGCGGCACUCGGGCCCGCUGGAGGCUGGUCUACUUGGUGCUUUUUGCCCUUAUGUCCCCUGCUGGCAUUGCUGUGGGCAUUGGGGUCUCGUUUUCUGGGGGGGAUGCCAGCAGCCUGGCCAGGGCUGUACUGGAGGGGGUGGCAGCUGGGACUUUUCUCUAUGUCACCUUCAUAGAGAUCCUGCCCCAUGAACUGCACUCCUCGGAGGCUCCGCUGGCCAAAUUCUUCUUCAUUGCAAUUGGCUUCACUUUCAUGGCUGUCAUUGCCAUAUGGGCCUGAUGAUGAGGGAAGGCCAAGAAAUGGGAUAUGGGGCCUUUCCUCCUGGCAGGGAGGCAUGGGGAUGCCAGCUUGUGGGUGGGGGAGCUAGCUACCUGGCUCCAAAGGGUGGGGAAUGGGGCACAGGGUGCUAGUUCUGUCCCCAGGGUAGGGAGACUAGUCAGUGUGGGGUGUGGGGAGAGGUACCCCCUAGCCAGUGAGGGGUGUGGGGGACAUGGCUUAUGAGGACAGGCUGAGGGAACUGCAUUUAUUUACUCUGGAGAAGAGAAGACUUGGAGAGGAUUUGAAAGCAGCCUUUAACUACCUGAAGGGAGUUUGAAAGAGGAUGGAGCUGGAUUGUUCUCAGUGGUGGCAGACAACAGGACAAGGAGCAAUGGGCUCAAAUUGCAGCAAGAGAAGUUGAGGUUAGACAUUAGGAAGAAUUUUCUUACUAAGAGGGCAGUAAAACACAGGAACGGGUUACCCAGAGAGGUGGUGGAAGCUCCAUCCUUGGAGGUUUUCAAAACCUGGCUAGACAAAGCCUUAGCUGGGAUGAUGUAGUUGGGGCUGGUCCUGCUUUGAGCAGGGGCUUGGACUAGAGGUGACCUCCUGCCAACCCUAAUUUUCUAUGACUCUAUAAUUGUGGUACGUUUCUAUGCAUGCCUCAGUUUCCUUUUCUCAAUGUUUUGCACUUCACACUGGGAAGGAAUGGGAUAAUAUUCACCAUGGACAUGGAGUAGGGGGUAAGAGGUUAGUUUCUGUGGGUAGCUGUUGAGGCUGGUAGAGCAUGUCCAACAAGUAUCAAAUAGAUCAGUUUACAUGUGGAAAAACACCUGUCCCAUUCAGACAAGGUUCCUUGGGUGAAUUUGAUAUCUUUUAUUAGACCAACCCAAUAGGUUGGAGAAUAGUUAUUAAGCAAGCUUUCGGGUUCAAAAACCCUUCGUCAGGCUAAGGAAGCUUCAGCAGUUGGUGUGUGCUCUUCCUGGAUGUCCCAUUCAGUGCAUUUGAGGGUGAUGUCUGCAGGAGAUGGAUCAAAGAUAUCCAGUGUGGGAAAACCAAGCUGAAAGGGGGUCAUGGCUUAGACCUUGGGACUCAAACUAAGAUAGUAUGACCCAAAAAGGGACGCAGCUGCGUAGGCCUGGACAGUGGACAUGUCUUAUUGACGUGGACUUUGCUUAGACUUGACUUAGCAUCCUUGGAACAGGAUCACACUUAAUACAUGCUGACUGGGUUGAGAAGGGCUCCUUGCCUCGUUGCAUUUCACCUCUGGUUUUGCCAGUUCCUGUUAAAGAAUGAAACCCCAGUUACGUCCUACAGCUGCUUGAGCUUAUCUGUAGAGCUACGGAGGCAGCGACGGGGCCAAGUGAGCCCAAGGAGACAUGGGGCUCACCUUCACUAGACUCCACACCUGGGCUGUGUCCCUGGAUAACCUGAAAGGCUGCCAAGAGACACACUGAUAUUUACUGCAAAAAUUAAAAUUGGCAUUAAAAAAAAAUGAAAUAUGCAUUUUUUGUUUCCUUCAGUAAAAAAUACAGCUUUGCUUUGAAAAUAGCCUUUCUGUUUUAAAUUGCAUUUUUGUACCUUUUUUGUUUAAAAAAAAAAGAUAUAAAAUAAAGGAAAAGAACCCCCA